UUAUUACAACAACAAAAUAAACUUGCAUACUACUCUACCAAAACAAAAAAGCUCAAAAAAACUCUACACACCCAAAGUCUUCCAAAGCUUAAAAAUAUUAGAAAAAAAAGGAUUUUUUUUAAGAAAAGCUGUAACAACAACUAAUAAAUAAAAGAAAUUACUGAAAAAGUUUAAAACAUACACAAAAAAGAAAACCAAAAGAAAAAAAUACAAAACAAAUAAAGCCUUUAACAAGGCAUGUUUAUACCUGAUUCUUUACGUAGCUGUAUGAUCGAGACGGACGUUAAUUCUUAUCUACAAACAUCAUCCUCAGGACAGGUGCUGAAUUUAUACGUGGAUGAGUUUCAUCCGUUCAUUGAAGCCCUACUACCGUAUGUCAAAUCAUUUUCGUAUUCCUGGUUUAAUUUACAAGCAGCCAAGCGAAAAUACUACAAAAAGCAUGAGAAACGCAUGUCACUGGAGGAGGAGAGACAUUGCAAAGACGAGUUACAGAACGAAAAAGCUGAAGUUAAACAGAAAUGGGCCUCUCGCCUCUUGGGAAAAUUGCGCAAAGACAUAACACAAGAAUGUCGCGAAGAUUUUGUACAAUCGAUUACGGGUAAACGUAAAUCGAUAUGUGUUCUCUCCAAUCCCGAUCAAAAAGGCAAAAUGCGGCGCAUUGAUUGCCUACGUCAGGCAGACAAAGUGUGGCGUUUGGAUUUAGUUAUGGUCAUUCUAUUCAAAGCUAUACCUUUGGAGAGUACCGAUGGUGAGCGUUUGGAAAAGUCACCCGAAUGUAUACAUCCAGCAUUGUGUGUUAAUCCUUAUCACAUCAAUGUUUCGGUACGAGAGCUAGACCUAUAUUUGGCCAAUUUCAUUAACACACAUGAUCCGCUAAGUAGUCCAACACCCUCAUCACCACAUCCGGGUACACCUACAACACCAUCGCUCAUGCUGUACAGUAAUGAACAUAACAACAACAACAAUAAUCCAGCAGACAAUAAGAAACACGCCGAUGAAGAGCGCAAAGCGAAAGGUAUGUAUGAAGAGCAAGAGAUGAAAUAUUCCUUUUUUGCCAAAACUAACAUUAAGCCCAACUACCCACAACAUGCGGCAUCAGAUGUCGAGAGCACACCAUUUGCUGGCUACAGUCAUAAUCCCUACAAUGGUGUGGUUUGCAAUGAUAUUAUCUUGGCCACUGGGGUAUUCUCUUCCAAGGAACUGUGGAAGUUAUCAAAAGCUUCCAUACUGGAAGAAACCACCAAUGAUCUCAUACAGGCCAGUUCCAUUAAGCUGGAACAUCCAACAGCGGCCUAUGAAUGCCAAACAUAUCAAAUGACUGCUUCUGCAGCUCCUCUCGGUUCGGUGGUGGGAGGAGUUAAUAGUUUGAGUUCAUCGAGUGGAGGAGGUGGUAUGGUUUCAGGCGGAGACGGCAGAUCAUCAGUUAGUGCUUCUAUGGUUUUGCCCUCGGGCUAUAGCAUUGAUUUUGUAGAUCCUCGCAGCAGCAUGCAUCUUUCCAACUCAUCUUUGUUGCGUGCUGCCGCUACUGUUUCUUGUAAACCUGAUCCUAAUGGUUCGCCGCAGGAUUCGGUGGGCGGACCCAGCAGUUUUUCUGUGAUAUUGAGGCAAAAUGAAGACAAUGGCAGCAAUAAUGGUGGCUCCAAUAAUGAAGAAGUAGCUCUUCAAAGAUACACGCCUACCAGCAAUAGGGUAUUGUUAAGCAUGGGCCAAAUGAGACCAGGAGAAGUGUUAAUGCAACACAAUGUGAGUUCUACAUUGGUGCCAAAUUCCGUCAGUCCGGCUUUGUAUUAUCCACAACAUAACAGUCCUUCUGCCAAUCCCUCUGAUAAUUCGGAAGAAGCUCAACACCAGCAGCAACAACAACAGCAGCAUCAACAACAGCAGCAACACCAACAGCAGCAACAACAGCAGCAUCAACAGCAACAUCAUCAUCAGCAGCACUUGCAUCACUCUCAAACUUCUUCCACUCCCAAAUACGCUACAGAGGUCAUUAAUCAUGGACAGGAUAUGUCAGAAUUUGUGGCCUAUGUUUGCCAAGAUGCUUCAGGUGUUAAUCCCUCGGAAGCUGAUUUGCAUGCUCAUCAUCAUCAAACGUCUUCUCAUUUUCAAUUACAACAUGCUGCCGCAGCAGCCGCUGUUGGGCGUAGUCCCAAAUUAUCAGCCGUAUCAGCUGCAGCAGCAGCUGCUCAUUAUCAACAAUACAGCACCAUGUUGCCUCCGCCGCCUUUGCCGCCAAUGGCGCGUCCUGUGGCCAUAAUACGUUCUACUGGAGAUUUGACUAUGGUGGCUUCUCCACCCACAUCUGCCAGCAUAACUCCGCCUCCCUUGACUAGUGUUAGUUCAGCAGGAGAUUCGCCUCGAAAUCAUCAUCAUGGCCAUCAGCAAAUGCAACAACAUCAUGCUCAUCAUCACCACCAUCAUCAUCAACAGCAUGCUGCCCAUCACCAGCAGCAGCAACACACCACCAUAGAUCACAGUACUAGCACUGGCUUGAGUUCCAUGUCCUCAAAACUAACUAAUACAACAGCCUCUUCUUCGCAACAAGAUUCAGGCAAUAAUACCAUUACCGUGGGCAGUAGUACCAAUUCUUCGGAUUUGGUAGUGGCCUCUACAUCCUCCGCCUCACCACCUCCUGCACCCACACAAAGUCCACAACAUCACAUCAUUGAUGUGGCCCGCUGUAAGACAUCACCCACUUCGUCCUCUUCGGCUAUAUCGGUUUCAACUCCAACUUCGGCGCUCUCACGCAUAUCGGCUCAACCGUAUCCGCAAACAAAUGGACGCGAGUACUUUAAUCAUUUCCAUACACAAACAACACCGCUGCUGGGUUAUACCACUAUGUCGGGUGUCAUAAGUCCCACUAACUUAAGUUUAUAUUCCUCAUCAUCGGGCGUUUCCUCACACCGCACAACACCUCGUUCACGCUGGAAUCCCUCGUUUCUUUCUAUGGAAGAUGAUUUUAAUAUGAUGGGUCAUACCUUGUCAAGCACAAAUCCGGAGGCUACUCCAGUUAUACUCAUGGAAGAUUGUGAGUUUUUAGCUGUAGAUCGAUUUUACUAAAGCUUUGAAGAGAACUGAACUAGAACUGAACUUGAACUGAACUAG